CAGGUCCUACGCCUAAUGAAACUGGUUUGGAUGGGACAGCUAGGUCAGGUCCUACGCCUAAUGAAACUGGUUUAGAUGGAACAGAUAAGUCAACACAUAGUGAAGGGCGGAACAUUGAGGAUUCGGGACAACGUGAAGAAGAAAAACCAAUAACAUGGCACGAGUAUUUUAUGGGUAUUGCUUUUCUAUCAGCAAAGAGGAGCAAGGAUCCCAAUCGAAAGGUUGGUGCAUGCAUCGUUAACAAGAAAAAUAGAAUCAUUUCAACCGGAUACAACGGUUUUCCUGAUGCGAGCACUAAAGCCGAUGAAUACUUUCCAUGGACAAAAGAGGAAAAGCACAAAUACGUUUGUCAUGCUGAAUUAAACGCAAUCGUUAACAAGAAUGCUACCAGUCUGGAAGAUUGUAUAUUGUAUUCUACUCUUUUUCCAUGCAAUGAAUGUGCUAAAUUGCUGAUACAGUCGAGGAUUAAACACGUGAUCUAUUUUUCCGAUGACAAGGCGGAUAAAGACGCCUACAAGGCUUCUCGGGCGCUGUUUGUACAAGCAGAUGUUCAUACAACACACUACAAGGAUCUUCAUCGCAGGGUGGGCGUUCCACCUCUGACAGAAAUAAAACUUGAAUUCACCCCUCCACAAGAUGGCUGAAAAAAAUCUAUAUUGUGCUUAAUGUUUACAAACACUGUUUAAAAUUGUACAGUUGAUGUCUAGCAAACCUCUUAGAAACUGUCAUUUUAUGAAUUAGUUUUACGUAAGAUUAAAGAACUGUGAGGAAAUUUCAAAACAACUACUGACACAAAUCUUCAAGAACAAAUA